AAACAACUCUGAUAUGUCAAACGCGUGAUAUCGUCUCAUGAACAUGAACCAACAUGGUAUCGUCCCUCACGUAUGAGUGAAUGAAUGUACCACGAACUCGGAAAAUCGUCCGCAUCAUCUCUUUAAGUCAGCAGGGCCUGCCAAUAGGCAACCGCCCUCAAAAACCAUCACACGCACCCGACGCCAACGUUGAAGACUACACGACCCUCUGCCCACCGUAGUGUGACGGCUUUGACUCCCUUUCAUGACCUUCACCCGACUCGACGUAUCGCCAGAUGAUCGGCAGCUGUAAUGCCUCCCCAUGUGGAGAUUUGCCAGUCCAGGUGCAGAUCACCGAACGGGACAGCAGACACUGUGUGACGAAGUACGCAACUGCUGGACCAUCAUCAUGCACACAUGUCCUUCCUCCCCUGCUGUGCCCCCAACCAACACGAUCGACCCGGCGAAGGCAAGAUGUCUGAUAGCUUAUGAAUACCAGACAUCGGGCCUUCAACAAGUCGACACUAUGGCUGGCGACAUCAACAGGUAGAAAAGACGACAAGACAAUGAAAGAAAAGACCCCACUUGUCUCGACUGGCGACGACUGCUCUCUGCCUCUCUGAGGUGACCAUUUGGACCUCUCGCACGCAGCGCAGCGCAGCGCAGCGCAGCACAGCAGACAAGGGAACCAUACCACACCCACUCUGGUCACAGCCACUCUCUCUUAAACACGCGACAACCAUAAGCCAGGAAUUAAUUCAGCCCUUCAGUCAGUCGUCACCGACGGUCUGCCACUCCCACAGGUAGUCGUACGGCCGUGCGGUGCUGACGGUCUCGCCGAAGAAGUGCAGCUGGUCCCGCGUGUCGAGCACCACGCUGUGCCGCACACCGGCCGACACAUCCUCUACCACGAUGCCCUCCUCUCCGAAGUCAUUCAACCUGCAGACCACACGACUCACACGUGUGUGUGUGUCGGUGUGUGUCUAUUCCCUCUGGUCGCCUCGCCUACUCGGUGAAUUCUCUGAUGAUUUUGGUCUUGUCGAAUCUGAGCCCCAACUGUCGGUCCGAGUUGCUCCCCGCCACCAGCACCCGCCGGUCCUUGAGCAGCAGGAUCGUGUGGGACGAACCACACCGCACCUUGCACACACAGAAGACGCCCUCCAGACGGCCACGGUCGCUCUGACUCGACAGCAGCCGCUCCCUGCCAGUGCCCUCAGACUGGGCCUGGGCCUGCUGCUCAUCGGGCGGGGCAGAUGAUGCUGCUGCAGCUGGCGAUGCCGGCAGGGGGUUUGGUGGUGGUGCUGCUGCAGGGGUGUCUGGUUGUGUGUCCAUCUCUGGGUGUGGGGAGGUGGUGGGUGAGAGGGGUGCGAGUCGUGUGGGGGCGGGGGUGGAAGGCUCCAUGGCGGAGGGAGGGGGGACCUGACGGGGCGUCAGGCAGUCGGCAGGGCUGGGGUCGCCUGAUGUAGACAGACAGAUGGACAGACAGACAGACAGACAGACAGAUGGGAAGAAUGUGCGUGUAUCUGCCUGUCGGUGUGAGUGUCUCUUCCUUUACUUACCCAGCUGUCCCUCCCUGGAUUUGCCCCACAUGAAGAGGCGGCCGUCGACCGUUAUGGCGGCAGCGUGCUCCUCACCUGUGCAUACAACAACAACACACAUGCAACGCAUCGCAUCGCAUCGCCGUCGCCUCAGUCAGUGUAUCCCUCCCUUCCCAUGUCUGUUCAUCCCUCACCUGCAGCCACUUGCACGACGGUCUCUCUCUGCAGAGCGGCGAUGGGCUUGGGGGUCUCCUCAAAGUCCUUGCUCCCGUGGCCCGUCUUGCCGUGAGACCCGCGACCCCACGAAUACACCUGAUUGACAGGCAUCACACCACACCAGGUACACAGCGCCCAAUGCACAUGCAGGCGGCAUUCAUUGUUGCGUACCUACCUUGCCGUUGGUGGUGACCAUGAGGUUGAAUCCUCCGCCCGCGUCGAUCUGUGCGGCGGGCGGCGAUGGGAUGCGGACGGGGUGGGCGACGGCCUUGCGGAGCCAGAGACCGAAACCCCACAGGUCGCCGUGCUCGCCCAUGACCAACGUGUGGUGGGUGCCGCAUGCCACAGCACGCACCUGAAGUUAACCGCACAAAGAGGCACAUACAAUGCAAUUGUCUCUCCGUUUCCAUUCCCCUGCCUGGCCUCACUGACCUUGACGUUGAGUGGGAAGUCCACUCGACACGGGGUGAGCCGCAUGGUCCGAUCGUCAGUGCCCCUCCUCACCUCACCCCGCUGCUCACCCACCCUUGCACUGCUGCCCAUGUCACCAGCUGCAGAGUACCCAAACAGGUUGGGGAUGCCGCCACUGUUCAGGUCCUCCCGGCUGCUGCCCAUGGACACGGUCCGUCGUGCGAUGGCCAUGCCCAGCUGUCCCUGCCGGUUGAGGCCGAAGGUGUAGAGCUGCCCGUCGCGGGUGGCGACGGCGCUGUGGGAGGAGCCGCACCCGAUGGACGCCACAGGGAGGGAGUGGAAGUACGUCACCUCCUUGCACUCGGCACGGGGCUGCGUAUCCCCUGCAGACCAACCGAGACAGGCAAACAAACAACAACAGGGGACAGGAGAAGAUGAUGGGACGGGGGCGUGCUCACGCUCUUUUCUCCCUGUAUGUAUGUAUGUUUAUGUGCGUACCGAGUCCCAGCUGUCCGGAUGGCUGCAGCCCGACGCCCAACACCUGCCGGCUCUUGUCGCGCAGGUGCAGGGUGUGCGCCUCACCAGUCUCCACCCUGUGCGGCUCCCGUAGCCUCUCCAUCACCAGCAGCGCCCUCACAUAGCCCUCACUUCGCACCAGGGCGUCCAGCCGCUGCUCAUCCACACCCCAGCCGAGCAGGAUCUGUGUCACAGCCAAGGGGACUAUCGAGCGGCACCACUCGCGGCCGCAGGUGGCGAUGGCGGCCACCCAUGAGGCCGGCAGGUGGCUGCAGAGAAGCAGCAGCACCGGCUGGGGGAUCUCGUGCAGCGAGUGGGCGACGGUUGGCGAGGGAAGGUUGCUGGAGGUUCUGAGUCUCUGAAGGGCUCGCGACGGAGCAGGGCUGCGCCUGUAGGUCCCGUCAGACACCAGAACCAUCC